CGACUUUGGUUCCUCCUUUCGCUUCCUCCUCCCUCGUCAGACCCUGGCCCGACCCCUUUUUGGGGUACAGUGAUGCCGGGCGUGAUGUGGACUCCGGAGCUGGCACUUCUGAGGGGCUUCUCCACGGAUGCCGAGCGACUGCUCUGGAAGCAGGAGGGGACCGGUGGCUCAGAUGUUGGAGUUUUCUUAGACUUGCUGUUAGAAGGGAGCUAUGAAGCCAUUUUCUUACAUUCAGUGACACAAAAUAUUUUAAAUUCAACAAUGAUGGCUGAAGAAAAGAUUGACCACUACCUGGAGAAGCAGAUAGUGAAUUUCCUGGAUUGCUCUUCGGAUUUGGAAGAAAUUGAAAGACAGCAGCUAGUAUUCCUACUUGGUGUGAGCAGCUUGCAGCUCUUUGUUCAGAGUAAUUGGACUGGGCCUCUUGUGGCCUUGCACCCUCGGGAUUUCUUGCCUCCUGUUCUGCUGGAGCAGUUUAGUGAGUUCAAAGGACUGGAUGCUGUUAUUCUGGGCCUGCUCAUUCUAGAUGGUGAAUCCAUCUACAGCCUGACUUCAAAGCCCAUAUUGCUGUUAAUAGCACACAUUAUUCUGGUGAACAUCAGACAUAAAUUAACAGCUCUCCAGAGCUUGCCGUGGUGGACUUUGAGAUAUGUGAAUAUUCACCAACAGUUGCUCGAGGAGCGCUCGCCUCAGCUUUUUGCUCUUGCUGAAAACUGUAUUGCUCAAGUGAUGAAAGUAGAGAAUUUAUUUGAUGGUGAUUCAGGUCAACUUUUAGCUAUUCAAUUCCAUCUGGAAUGUGCACAUCUAUUUUUAUAUUAUUAUGAAUAUAAAGAAGCAAAAAACCAAUUCAGUACUGCUAAAAACAUCAGCAAGUUACAGGUUGAUCUGACAGGAGCUUUGGGGAAAAGGACACGGUUCCAGGAAAACAACGUGGCACAGCUGAUUCUAGAUGUCAGAAGAGAAGAGGACAUCCCUUCCAGGCGUGAGUUCAGCCCAGCACCCACCCCCCAGGAGUAUUUAACCAAGAAUCUUGAACUCAACGAUGAUACUGUUCUGAAUGAAAUAAAGUUAGCAGACAGUGACCAGUUUCAGAUGCCUGAUCUGUGUGCUGAAGAGCUUGCUGUCAUCCUUGGAGUCUGCACCAAUUUCCAGAAGAACAACCCAGUUCAUAAGCUAACAGAGGAGGAGCUGCUGGCCUUCACAUCAUGUUUACUUUCACAACCAAAGUUCUGGGCCAUUCAGACAUCAGCCUUGAUCCUCCGGACAAAACUUGAGAAAGGAAGUACCCGGCGAGUGGAACGGGCCAUGAGGCAGACACAGGCUCUUGCAGACCAAUUUGAAGAUAAAACUACAUCUGUACUGGAACGUCUGAAGAUUUUCUAUUGUUGUCAAGUACCUCCUCACUGGGCUGUUCAGCGCCAGCUUGCAGGUUUGCUCUUUGAGUUGGGCUGUACCACUUCAGCCCUUCAGAUAUUUGAGAAGCUGGAGAUGUGGGAAGACGUGGUCAUCUGUUAUGAAAGGGCUGGGCAGCAUGGGAAGGCAGAAGAAAUCCUCAGGCGAGAACUGGAGAAAAAGGAAACACCAAGUUUAUACUGCUUGCUUGGAGAUGUCCUGCAGGACCACUCCUGCUAUGACAAGGCCUGGGAGCUGUCCCGACACAGGAGUGCACGAGCCCAGCGCUCCAAAGCCCUCCUCCAUCUUCGGAACAAGGAGUUUCGGGAAUGUGUGGAGUGCUUUGAGCGGUCCGUGAAGAUUAACCCCAUGCAGCUUGGAGUCUGGUUUUCUCUAGGCUGUGCUUACUUGGCCUUGGAAGACUACAUGGGCUCUGCGAAGGCGUUCCAGCGUUGUGUGACCCUGGAGCCUGAUAAUGCUGAGGCUUGGAACAAUUUGUCUACUUCUUAUAUUCGAUUAAAACAAAAAGUCAAAGCUUUUAGAACUUUACAAGAAGCUCUGAAAUGCAACUAUGAACACUGGCAAAUCUGGGAAAACUAUAUUCUCACCAGCACGGACGUUGGGGAAUUUUCGGAAGCCAUUAAAGCUUACCACCGGCUCCUGGACCUUCGAGACAAAUACAAAGAUACUCAGGUCCUUAACAUUCUGGUCAGGGCAGUGGUGAACGGUAUGGCUGAUCGAAAUGGAGACGUCGCCUCCAGCCUCAAAGGCAAGCUGCAGGAGUUGUUCGGCAGAGUGACUUCAAGAGUGACCAACGAUGGAGAAGUCUGGCGACUGUAUGCCCAAGUACAUGGCAAUGGGCAGAGCGAAAAGCCUGAUGAGAAUGAAAAGGCAUUCCAGUGUCUCUUGAAGGCAUACAAGUGUGACACACAAUCCAGUUGUUGGGAGAAAGAUGCUACAGCAUUUAAGGAAGUUGUUCAAAGAGCCAUAGGACUGGCACAUGUGGCUAUAAAAUGCAGUGAGAGCAAGUCCAAUCCCCAGGGAGCUGUACAGGCACUUUCUUCAGUUCGGCUCAAUUUACGCGGUUUGUUAUCCAGAGCGAAGCAAAAUUUUACAGAUGUGGCCACUGGAGAAGUCUUUGGAGACCUAACCAAUGAAAUAGCAGCUAUAGUUGCUUUGUUGGCUGAGCUGCAAGACCUAAGCAACCGGCUUCGAAACCGGUACUGACAGUGCCAAGCAGCUUGUGGCAAAGGCACUUUUGCCUUCUUGAAUUCCUCCAAUACCUGUGUAUCUGUGGAUUUUAAAAUAAAUUUAUGUGCUGGCA